AUGGCACCAUUUCCAUACUAAGCAAAAGAACAUCAUUUGGGCGAAGCAAAAGAGAAGUUACACCAUGCACGUGGAUCAGGAGCAGAAGCAGGUAGCUCGCUGAAAGAUGCAGCCAAAGAGGCCCUGACCGGUGUUAAGGAAGGUGUUAUCGAAACAGCAAAGGAAGUGAGAAACAAAGCAGCUGAUGUGGCCGGGGCCGUGAAGACCAAAUAUCGAAAGCUAUCGGACUCAUUCCACAGCAGCGAUGCGUCACACCACGGUGGUGGUACCAGCGCUCGCUCCAUUGAUGGUGUUGGUUGUGGUUCAAGCAUUGAUUACGGUGCUAAUGGUGGUGUCCAGCCGGUUGAUGCAUCAAACAAAGCCUUCGAAGUACGGCCUGGUCAAUCAGUUGGUGCAGGCUCGAAUGUGGACUAUGUAACGGUCGUGAAAACAGCUGGUGGUCCGACUGGAGCCGAAACACAUACAACUACCAGUGAGCAGGUCAGUCACAGUGGAACCAAACCGGGCACUGGCCAGGACGUUGAACAUACGCUCAAGAGCGCCAUGCACAAAGGUACCAAGGAAAUGGACGAUCUGCGACAGAAAGGUUCCGAUAAAAUAAGCAACCUACAACAAAGAGGUUCCGAGAAGGCCGAAGAGCUGCAGGAGAAAGGCGCUGAAAAAAUGGGCGACCUACGACAAAAAGGUUCUGAGAAAUUCGAUGAAGUAAAGGAUUAUGUUGGUGACAAGCUGCACGAACUGGGACCAGGGUUUGAGCCGCAAAUGAAUGGGAAGUAA